AUGCUGGAGACGCAGACUGAUUCGCCUGCUAGUUUGGCUUGUGGUGGAAAGAUCUAUCAGUUCACCGGAACUGAUAUCCUUCCAGCACACGCUACUCCUGUAGUGAUUACUGAUCAGAAGGGCAGACAGAAAUGGACAAUCUCAAUCCCACCGGGAAUAAAGUCUCCCCUGUCACCUUCACAGUAUGCCGAACUAUGCUCACAAUGUGAUGAAAUCUCUCGACGUCUUUCACACAACAAGACACAAGCCUUUGGUUACUAUCGUCGGGAUCAGAACUUCAUAGAUGUUGCCGAUGCGGAGGAUAUUGGAUUGCUUCCUCGCUCAGCUUCUGUUCAGCAGGCAACGCCAGAUGACGGACACAAUAAAGUCUGCGAGACAAGUCUCACCUUUGUCAUGCAAUCCGAGGAUGCGGGACUCGGCAAAACCCUGAUGGCUCUGUGGAUGAGCUACGGACUCGCACAAAAAGAAGGCAGAAGCUUUUUCAUCGACGAUACGGACUGGGCCUAUGGAAAAUAUUCGACAUACUUUAAGCCUCCGCCAAAACCAAGCUGCCGUCCUCCUAUGCCAUCACAGAAGGUACCUUGUCCUCUCCAGGCACGCCAUCUUAUCGUCUCCUCAGCAAGCGCGCCGUGGAUAUUCGGUGAUAGUUUCAGGGAACACUUUGAGGAUUCGCGCAGAAGUGGAGUACAGCGGCAGAAACCCAUAUUUGAUCUACUCCGGAGCGGAUACGAGGCUCUUUUUGAGCUCGCUGAUGAGGACGCAGCAUAUUUUACAAAACGUACGGGUGAACUGGAUGAUAUUGUCCGUCAAAAAGGAGGCAUCGAAAUCGGAGUUCAUGUUCGCCGCGGCGACCUUCAUCCCCUGGAAUUUCAGUAUCGGGAAUCCUAUAUACCACUUGAUAGAUAUGCCGAGGCAGCCAGGACGCACCUUCAAGGCUCGCCUCUGAGAAGCAACAGCCAUCCCAAACUAUCCGAUCCGGUGGCUGACUACUCCAAGAUAAUCCUCGCUUCGGACGAUCCGGAUAUAUACUUUGCUUCAGAGCUGAAGGGGUCUGAGAAGGCACAGCUCCAUAUUUCCUUGGCGAGUAAAUCAGUCUUGGAUGCCGUUGCCGCAUCUCAGGAAGGAAAUGGGUGGAGAAGCCCUGUGGAUGAAAAUAUUGGCUGGGAAGGUGGCUUCUUUAAAGAUAUGUUUUGGUCUCUUGGUGCGCCACCCAAAACGCCGGCUGCGGGCAGCCCAUUGCCAUCCAAGCGACAGCCCACUGUUCCUGGGACUGCAGCUGCAGCACCCAGUACUUUCCAUCGCUUUCAGCCCUCCAAAGAAGCUCUGCAGCUCCGUGAGUUCAUUGGUCGCGCCUAUCUACUUGACCUGGCCGUUCUGGGGCAGACAGAUAAGGUUAUCUGUGGUAUUAGUAGUGUCUCCUGCCGCCUUUUGGCUGUUAUGCUGGGCUGGGACCGAGCCAUCCUGAAUAAAGGUUGGCAGAAUAUUGAUGGGAACUGGCAUUGGAGAGACGUCAUUCAUUCGUCGUCUGAGUUUAGUUGA